UAACAAACAUGAACCCUACUGUUGCAAAAUGGUUGGAAGAGAUAGCUGCCGCCAAGGCAAAGGUCCAAGCCAAGUCUGUCAGCGCCACCAGUCAUAUCGCCCUACCAAACAAUUCAGCUACAGCGGCAGCAGCGGCAGCAACGAUAAUUGAGGGAACACCACAUAAAGCGAUGACUGUAACGGAAACAACCAACUAUAAUAACUCCACGAACAAGACAAUAGCAACCCGUCCAUCCUAUGGAAUCAUUUUAUCCUAUGAUCUCAAGACACGUAAAAAGAAACUCCGUCUUGUUCUUCCACCAGAACCUAUUAAACCAGCUCCGGGCGAAUGUUGUGGGAACGAUUGUGAUCCAUGCGUAAAUACAAUCUAUUGGGAAGAUUUGGCCGCCUAUAAAGAACAAGUCAAAAAGCUUGAAGUAGAAUAUAAGGAAGCUUGUCAGUCGUUGGAAUUAGGACAAACGGAAGAGAAGGCGGUGGUGACGCAGAUGGAGGGAAUACAGUACGCGAACCUUGUCGAGAAUAAUAACAAUGAUGCUGAUGAUGAAGGAUUGAGUAUUCGAUCGUACCGUCCUUUCAAGGUUCUUCGGAAAUGCUACCUCACAAAGAAUACAUUACUUGUUGUUUGCGACCUUCCAUAUUCCUUGGUAGCAGCGGCAGCAUCGACAACAUCACCAACAGGAGUAUCAGAAUCAAACAACAAAAAUAGGACUCCCGAUUAUCAAUAUGAUAGCCAUAUUAAGGCCAUGUUCCAUGUUCUGAUCCGAUUCAAAAGAGAGUUGAGAGGCAAUAAGGAUAAUCAUAAUAGUGAUAAUGAUAUUGGUAACACUAACAAGGAUGAGGAAUUCAUCACUCGAGCAUAUACGCCUGUCGAUCUCUCGAAUUCUUCAUUCCUGAUGGGUAUUAUGGAAAGUGGUGAAAACAGCGACAACAAUAACAGCAAUAGUGUCUCUUCUCUUCAAGACAAAAUGGGGUUCCUCGUCAAGCUCUAUCCCGCUCCUCAUUCGACUUCAGAUAUGUUUCGACAACUGAAGGAGUAUAACCAUAAAGACCAUGAUGUCGUUAGCGAUAAAAGCAACCAAUCAGGAUGGCUGUACCUCCGAGGACCUAUUCAGACUGCUCGUGACCGUCAGCGAAAUCACCAGGCUAUUGUAGGAGAGACAAGAAUAGAGUUAGGAAUAGAACCAGAAUCAGUGUCAGAGACAGAAUCGAUAAACUCUGAUUUACGUAAAGGGAUAAUGAGAAAGAACAAGAAAAAGAAGGAACGGAUUGUGAUGAUCGCAGCGGGAUCAGGGAUUACGCCCAUGUAUCAAGUGAUAAGAGCAGUCCAUCAAAGUCAGCAGCAGCAGCAACAACAACAGUUGUCGGAUCAUAUUCCAUCAGAAACAAAACUCGAUUUGAUAUAUUGCAACAGGGCCUCAUCUGAUAUUUGGCUGCGUCAAGAAAUUCAAAAAACAUGCUUUUUAUCCACAUCGUGGGAUAAAAAUGAUAGUAAUGCCGUGAUGAAAACACAGCGAGUACAUAUCCAGCAUGUGCUUUCACAAGCAACAUCAAUAGCAAUGACAACAGCAAUGUUGCAUCAUCAGAAAGAACAGGAAGGACAAGGACAAGAGCAAAAGUCGGAUCAUCAUCAUUAUGAUGAAAGAAUUCAUACAGGUGGUCGUAUCACUCUUGAGAUUUUACGUAACACCUUACAAGAUCAUUCACCUUCUACGUCUACACCCAUAUCCACAGCCACGACUUCCUCGGAUAGCGAUGAUACGUAUCUUAAAUUCCUAAUCUGUGGUCCUCCAGCGUUCAACUUGGAUGUAUCUUCAAUGCUGGCUCAACUUGGAUAUACGGAAUCCAACACGUGUGAGAUCCAUGUAUUGGAAUAAAAAAGUAAAAAAGUUAUAACUAUAUAGAUUACAUAGACUAAGGACGUUUCAUGGUAAAAGUUCUAUAAUAGUUGAAGGACUGCGAUAUAGUUAUAACAUUGACUAAUCAUAG